GUGCUCCUGGUUGGAAAUUAUUUGGUAAAGUUCCUCCCAGAGAGAAUCUUCAGAAAACUUCCAAAAUUAUUCAGCAGGUAUGAAAUUCCUGCUUGUGGCCUUUCAACCAGUUGUUCCCUGCUGAAUUUCAAGCUUGGCCUUUAUCUCCUUAAAACAUAGAAUAUGAAGCACGAACAGGGAGGGCCUGUAAACCUCCACCUCAGUCUUCAAGACGUAAGAAUUUCGAAUUUGAGCCACUUUCUACCACUGCCCUCAUUCUUGAGGAUCGACCAUCAAAUCUUCCUGCCAAAUCUGUGGAAGAAGCUUUACGUCACCGACAAGAAUAUGAUGAGAUGGUGGCUGAGGCUAAAAAACGAGAAAUUAAAGAAGCACAUAAAAGGAAAAAAAUAAUGAAAGAACGAUUCAAACAAGAAGAAAAUAUUGCAAAUGCAAUGGUAAUUUGGAUCAAUGAAAUAUUGCCCAAUUGGGAAGUAAUGCGUAGUACAAGAAGAGUUCGAGAAUUGUGGUGGCAGGGAUUGCCCCCUAGUGUUCGUGGGAAAGUUUGGAGUCUAGCUGUAGGAAAUGAACUAAAUAUCACUCCUGAACUUUAUGAAAUCUUCCUAUCAAGAGCGAAAGAACGGUGCAAAAGCCUCAGUGAAACAAGUUCAGAGAAUGAUACAGAAGGUGUAUCUAUUGCUGAUCGGGAGGCCAGUCUGGAAUUAAUUAAGUUGGACAUAUCCCGUACAUUUCCAUCUCUCUACAUCUUUCAGAAGGGUGGCCCAUAUCAUGAUGUUUUACAUAGUAUCUUAGGGGCAUAUACAUGUUACAGACCUGAUGUUGGUUAUGUCCAAGGGAUGUCCUUCAUAGCAGCAGUUCUUAUUCUCAAUUUGGAAGAGGCAGAUGCCUUCAUUGCGUUUGCAAAUCUCCUGAAUAAGCCAUGCCAGUUGGCCUUCUUCCGUGUGGACCACAGCAUGAUGUUGAAAUAUUUUGCAACAUUUGAAGUAUUUUUUGAAGAAAAUCUCUCCAAACUAUUUCUUCAUUUCAAAUCUUAUAGUCUUACACCAGACAUAUACUUGAUAGACUGGAUCUUCACCCUAUAUAGCAAAUCACUACCACUUGAUCUGGCAUGUCGAGUCUGGGAUGUAUUUUGCAGAGAUGGAGAAGAAUUUUUAUUUAGGACUGGAUUAGGGAUCCUGCGAUUAUAUGAAGAUAUUCUCCUGCAGAUGGAUUUUAUUCAUAUAGCACAGUUUCUAACUAAAUUACCAGAAGAUAUUACAUCAGAAAAGCUGUUCAGCUGUAUUGCAGCGAUUCAGAUGCAGAAUAGCACCAAAAAAUGGCCUCAGGUCUUUGCAUCUGUAAUGAAGGAUAUUAAAGAAGGAGACAAGAAUAAUAGUCCUACUCUGAAAAGCUAAUCUUCAAAAUUAACAGACUUAUUGGAAUAUAAAUGUCUUUUGAUAAAAGUUUGUUGUUUCCUAUGUAAAAAGGAUGGAGAAAUCUAGAAGAAUCAAGACAUGGAAAACUGCUGAUUUUGAAUUCCAUGGCUGAAGUAAAUGAAAUAAGUAAUCUAUUGACAGUAUUAAUUUUUUUUAAAGUAUUUUGUAGGGAGCGUCAUUUUACAAAAGAAAAAGUUUAAAUGACUAGUUCAUACUCCAUAAUUUGGAGUGAACAAUAAUGCAAUAAAAAUUUUUUAACAGCUUUGAAGAUACUUUAAACUUUACAUACAUCUUUUUUUUUUUUUAUUAACAGUUACCAUACAAGCACUUUGGAGGUCAGAGCAGGAUUGUUAAAUACUACUUUAACUUCCAAAAUACUAUUUGAAAGUACAAAUAUUGUCUAUCUCAAGUUCUGACCUUUUAAAAUUUUAUAGACCAAGAAUAAGCAACUUUGGUUGUAAAUUAUUUAAGUUACUGAAGUUGUUUAUCUUCAUUCACAGGUUGGGGCAAAUCUUGGUUAUCUGGGAACUGGAAAUACUUGGAAAGUUGAUUUGCAUGUGUUUUUCCACUGUAUCAUGUCUAUUUGUUUUUUAAAGAGAAUUGUUUUUUUCCCUUAAGUAAUCCCUAUUAAAGAAAUUUAGCCUUUCUGUUUCUAGUUUAAAAAAUUGUUCAUCUAGUAAUUUAAGAAAGCUAAUUAGUAGAAUCUUUGCACUUUAGUGGACUGAAGACUUGAUUUGGGGAGUAAGUCCAUAAAUGUAAAUGAGAUUUUUUUUUCCCACUGGUAAGAGUAAAAAAGUAUGAAUUCUGACAGUUCUUGGCAAGACUUGAUAUUUUUUAGUUAAAAUUCCUUCACUGUUUGUAGAAAUAAAAUGUUAAUUUCAGUUUGAAAUUUGAAAUCUUAAUAUGUACCAAGUCUAUGACUUGUAAAAUACUGUGCAUAAUUUUCUAAUCAAAGUAAGUAAGAGUAAAAGAUAAAGUGAACUUUUUUCUAAUGAGUCUAACUUUGAUGGUAUAGUGGAUAGACAAAUUAUUAAUUAUUGGUAAAUUGACAUUAAAUUUAUUAUAAUAUGUUUAAUUCUUGUACCUAAAAUAAAUCACUUGAAUAUUAUGAGUGAUAUAUAGUAUGUUGUUUGGUUAAUAAUUACAUUUAUAGUGUGCUUUUAUGUUGCAGUUUGGUUUGAAACAACACAGCACACUAUUUCUGUUAGUGGUAUAUUAUCUUCAAACUAACAAGCCUGAGAAUCUUGUUAGUGUAGUGACAGCCUCUUUAGGAGUAUGGGACCAGAUGUACCUGGAUAUUUCUACCCCAUGGGUCAUUCUAGCCUAGGGACCAUUAGUGGAACCCUCGGAAGUUAAUUCCUGUCAUAGGAGCUUCCUUAAUAGAAACUAGUAGUGUAAUAAAAUAUUGAGGGAGUACUCAGGGUCUUAUAAAAGGUUUUACAAUAACAUUUUGACUCUGGUAAAUACUUCCUUCACAUUGGUGACCCUGAUAGAGGGAAUGUAAGCCCUGGCAGUAAUCUCAUUGAGGUUAUUCUACCUGCCUGAGCUUAAUCUUCCUUUUGUGUAUUUCUUUCCUGAGUUGGACCUAAGUUACUGUAUUUCUUUUUCUCAUUUUUAUUAUUGUACAGUUUCUUUACCUUUCAAGUAUAAAUGUAUAUAUAAAAUGUAAAUACAAGGAAUUCACUAAAAACCACUAUUAACAAUUACUGUGUAAAUAAAACUUGUAAGCAGAGUAA